AUGGUCCUCGCAUCAGACUCACAUGGUCCUAACCGCAGACUCGCACGGUCCUCACCUCAGACCUCACUUCAGACCUCACAUGGUCCUCACUUUAGACCUCACAUGAUCCUCGCACCAGACUCACAUGUGUCUAACCUCAAACUCACAUGGUUCUCACCUCAGACCUCACAUGGUCCUCAUUUCAGACCUCGCGUGGUCCUCACUUCUGACCUCACAUGGUCCUCGCAUCAGACUCACAUGGUCCUCACCUCAGACUCAUAUGGUCCUCACUUCAGACUCACAUGGUCCUCACCUCAGACCUCACAUGGUCCUCGCAUCAGACUCACAUGGUCCUCACCUCAGACUCAUAUGGUCCUCACUUCAGACUCACAUGGUCCUCACCUCAGACCUCACAAGGUCCUCGCAUCAGACUCACAUGGUCCUCACAUCAGACUCACAUGGUUCUCACUUCAGAUCUCACAUAUGGUCCUCACAUCAGACUCACAUGGUCCUGACCUCAGACUCACAUGGUCCUCACCGCAGAUGUCACAUGGUCUUCACCUGAGACGCACAUGGUCCUCAUCUCAGACUCACAUGGUCCUCACCUGA